AUGAAGACCACGAUAGUGUUCUAUGCUCUCUUAUUCGUGGCCAUUGCUAGAGUCCAUGGUGCGGCACAGCAGGAAGGUAAAGAACAUCAGAAAAGAGCACUUGGGCAUGGAUAUGGUCUCGGCCUGGAGUUGGGCGCAUCCUUUGGAGCUGCGGCUCCAUUAGGAGCACCAUAUGGAACCCCGAUAGGCCCUAUUCUAGGGGGACCAAUUGGAAUUCCUUCUGGAUUUGGAGGUGUCCCUCUGCCGGCUCUUCCAGCUCUUCCAGCGCUUCCAGCUCUUCCAGCGCUUCCAGCUCUUCCAGCGCUUCCAGCUCCUGGCCCUGUUCCGCUUCCGUUUCUUCCUGCUCCUGGCCCUGUGAUUGCCGCUGCUCCUCCACCCAUUGCCCUGCCACCUACUAUCACAAGGAAUAUUUUGACAACAGUACACCAGCCUGUGCCUAUAGACCGUCCCGUGCCUUAUCCUGUGCAUGUGCACGUACCGGUCGAUCGGCCAGUCCCUGUACCACAUCCGGUAGCUGUUCCCGUCCGUGUUCCACAUCCAGUUCCAGUUCCGGUACCUCAACCAUACCCAGUUACUGUUACGAGAACGGUCGGUGUCCCUGUACCACAGCCGUACCCGGUCCCUCAGCCUGUCCCGGUGCCACACCCUGUUCCAGUGCCGCAGCCCGUUGCAGUUCCCCAGCCGGUUCCAGUCCCGCAUCCUGUGGUAGUACCAGCACCAGUGCCGGCCUACGGGUAUGGGUUCUUGCCAUCUUACGGUAAAGUGUAUGGCGGAGGCAUAACGCUCCAAAAAGUAUACACAGGACAUCACCACGGACUUGGUUUGCUGGGACUAAAGAAAUAUCUCGGUUAA